GGUUGUGCCCAUUUAUUUUCAAACUAGAUAGUUUUCGGUUAGGCCCAAUGAAAGGAAACCCGUAUUAUCGUUGUUGAGACAUGAUUCGAAUCGAAUCAAGACACGCAGAUAAACUAAGAAAAGAGUGGGCCAACUCUCGACACCUUCCAGUUGGUCAACAACAUUUAUCAAGCAAACAAGAAUAAUGUUUUACCAACAAGCUGUACUGUGCUUGUGUUUCAUAUUUGCAACUGUGGGAGCGAUUAUCGGACCGGAACCUGAUGUAGAUGAACUUAGUUCCUCGCGUAUCACCGGGGGAACCUUUGUCUCCCCUUCGGAUAUUCCAUGGGUAGUUGGAGUCUUCUCCCACGGAGGAACAAUCGGACAUAGCUUUUGUGGUGGUGUACUCGUUUCAAACCGAACUGUCCUCACAGUUGCAGCGUGUGUUCAGGGCAAAGACACGUUAACGGUCGCCCUAAAUGCCAGCAAUAUGAUGAACGUUGGAACACUCAUCAGUGUAUCCCGAGUUCUCGUCCACCCGAAUUACAGCUGGCUGCUGGGUCGAGCUAAUAUCGCCAUCCUCACCUUGGAGCGGGAUGCUCCAGUUGAUGGUCUCACGAUUCAGCCGGUUCAUUUACCGCGUAGAGCUGAUGCCGGUAAAGAUUUUGUCGGCUGGGUGGCCACCACCUCGGGAUGGGGCAAUCUUGGCAAUCGAGACAACAGUAAACCCCCGACCCAAUAUUUGCGCAUGGCUAGAGAUACUGUGACGUCCAAUUUACUCUGUCAGUUGUCCUAUACUUGGAUCAGGGGUAGCCAUAUAUGUGUGGCAACAGGGAAUGGAGGACCAUGCAAUGGAGAUGAAGGAGCUCCUGUUACCGUCCAAGAAGGUGGCAGAACUACACUGGUAGGUCUUCACUCGUUCCAUUACAGCGGAAUUGGGGGAUGCAGUCGAGGACGAUCAGCGGUGCACACCCGUAUUACCACGUACCUUGAUUGGAUCAUACAGAACUCGGACGUUCCGAAUUUGUAGAACUUAUAGUUUACAGAGGGACGAGUCGUCUUGAUGUACUGAUUUUUUAUCGAGAACUUAAACCUUUUUUUUUCAUCAGAACCAAUAAUCAAUUGAACCUCUAUUGAAUCUAGCGAUUAGAAUUCAAAUUUUAGGUGAAAUGCUGUGAAUGAAAGAACUUGGAAUUAGCCAGAUCCGGUUAAAACCAGAAAAUUGAACAUCUUUUCCUAAUUAACACAUUAUUAUGUUGUAACCGGAACACUACCGUAAAGCAAUAAAAUACAUUUUUAUAAAUAAA